AUGGGUGGAUUUGAAAUCUUCAACUCUUUCCUCACUAACAAGUACUCAUCAUCUACUUCAAGAUCUAUCAAUGUUCAAGAAACCAGCUUUGAGGCCAUGGCUCCUCCUCCUCCUCCACUUCAGCCUAUGGAUCAUCUAAGACCAUAUGAUGUUCCCUCAAACAACAUGUGGAGUCUUGGAGAUAAUAGUGAUUUUCAUGCAUAUCCAUGCGUAGAAGGUGUUGUUGGUCCGAGCAUACCAAUACUAUCUACAUUCGAUGAAGAAAAUUUCCCAAGAAACGAGCCCUCGUUAAGUCUCGCCGCAGAUGUUUCUGAUGAGUGCUCGGAGAUAAGUCUUUGUGCUGCUACUAAAUCUACUAGAAUAACCUCAGAGCAUGCUUCUUCUAGCAGCAAAGACGUUUCUAAUAACGUCUCUCAAGUCAUAUUUGGCUCAAAGUACCUUCACUCUGUUCAAGAAAUACUAUCUCAUUUUGCCACAUACUCCCUCAACGGCUUAGAGACUAAUCCUCAAUGCUACUUUUCAUCUCGAGGAACCGAGUCAGAGGGUACAAACUCGGUCUUUACUUCAUGUUAUGAGAAUCUAAACGAGUUUCUUGGUGGCGGUUCACAAAGACAAUUACCCGAACGAUUCAGAGAAACAUCUUCUUGCUAUACGGAGUGGAUUAACAAGAAGUCAGGUAUCAAACUGGUUUAUAAAUGCGAGGGUAAGGCUAUGGAAGCCGAUGAUAGAAGACAUGUACGCAGAAAUUAA